ACCCCGCCCCUCCGACCCGGUUAGGUUGCGGCGCGGGCGGCGGGCGGAGCUGGUCCCGUUGUGCUGCGGCUCCGCGCGGCCUGCAGUCCCGGGUCCGUGCCCCGCGCCGCCCGCCCGCCCGCCAUGGAGUCCGGUCUCGACGGCCCCGCCACCUCCGGUCCCGCUGCCAUCCGCGAGGGGUGGUUCCGCGAGACGUGCAGCCUGUGGCCCGGCCAGGCCUUGUCGCUGCAGGUGGAGCAGCUGCUACACCACCAGCGCUCUCGGUACCAAGAUAUCCUUGUCUUCCGCAGUAAGAGCUACGGCAACGUGCUGGUGUUGGACGGUGUCAUCCAGUGCACGGAGAGGGACGAGUUCUCCUACCAGGAGAUGAUAGCCAACCUGCCCCUCUGCAGCCACCCCAACCCACGCAAGGUGCUGAUUAUCGGGGGCGGGGACGGGGGUGUCCUGAGGGAGGUGGUGAAGCAUUCCUUGGUGGAGUCGGUGGUGCAGUGCGAGAUUGAUGAGGAUGUCAUUCAAGUCUCUAAGAAGUUCCUGCCAGGCAUGGCCGUUGGCUACUCCAGCUCCAAGCUGACCCUCCAUGUGGGCGACGGUUUUGAGUUCAUGAAACAGAAUCAGGAUGCCUUUGACGUUAUCAUCACUGACUCCUCAGACCCCAUGGGCCCUGCUGAGAGCCUCUUUAAGAAGUCCUAUUACCAGCUCAUGAAGACGGCCCUCAAGGAGGAUGGCAUCCUGUGCUGCCAGGGCGAGUGCCAGUGGCUGCAUCUGGACCUCAUCAAGGACAUGCAGCACUUCUGCAGGUCGCUUUUCCCUGUGGUGAGCUACGCCUACUGCACCAUCCCCACCUACCCCAGUGGCCAGAUCGGCUUCAUGCUGUGCAGCAAAAACCCGAACACCAAUUUCCGUGAGCCUGUGCAGCAGCUGACGCAGAAGCAGGUGGAGCAGAUGCAGCUAAGAUAUUACAACUCUGACAUGCACCGGGCAGCCUUCGUCCUGCCCGAGUUUGCCCGCAAGGCCCUGAACGAUGUGAGCUGAGCCCAAGAGCCGCUGCUGAUGCCGCCCAGGCCCUUGGGCUGGGGAGCCCUGGACAAGACCCCCCCCCACCCCCCGGAACGCCCGCCAACCAAGUGUUACAGGCCCCAGAAUGCUGCCCGACUGCCCUGCUGGGCGGACUUUCUCUGUGGUGUUCAACCUCUAAGCCUAUACCAGCUGUGUUCAGCACCAUCUCCGCCUUCUGUCAGCCCUCACUCACCAAACACGUGUAUUUAUAGCAAA